AUCCCUAUAAAAGGCAUGUGUGUGCCCUGACGGCUUCAUUCCCUGCCAUGGAGAGUCAGAGAGUCCUGUCGUCUUACAGGAAGCGUUUCGGGCACCAGGGGGCCGGCAGCGUGGGUGGGGGCUUGCGGCUCAGCAGCCUCUCCUCCAGCCGCCUCUCCCUCCAUGGGAGCCCCCGCCACAUGACCCACUCCAGCACCAUUUCCCGCCUCUCCCUGGGGUCAGCUGGAGGGGCCCUGCUCCUGGGGACCCCUGGGAACCGGCUGGACUUCUCGGCUGACUCACUCCUCAAGGCCCAGUAUCGGGAGACACGCACCAACGAGAAGGUGGAGAUGAUGGGUCUGAACGACCGCUUCGCCAGCUUUAUAGAGAAGGUGCGCUUCCUGGAGCAGCAAAACACGGUGCUGGUGACGGAGCUGAACCAACUUAGGGGGAAGGAGCCCAGCCGUCUCGGGGACAUCUUCCAGGAGGAACUGAGGGAGCUGCGCAGGCAGGUGGACGGAUUCAGCGCUGGGAAGGCCCGGCUGGAGAUAGAGAGGGACAACAUGGCUGCUGACGUGGCCACGCUCAAACAGAGGUGAGAAUGAGGCAGUCUCAUUUCCAUCACUAGACUUUGGCACUGAUCAGUCUACUUUGUUUUAGUAUUUUGGUGUUCUAAUUGAUAUUGUGGUGUUCUAAUUGCUUCAGCAGUCUGUCCACUUAACUGUUUAUUCGUAAUUUGAUUUUGUGGAAUCCUAGUGUAUGGCAUGUGGCUUGUUAAUUUUGAAUUGGAAUCUUUGCUACAGUCUAAAAGCAACAAGUGGAUAGUUGCCAUAACACAAUUCAGUAUACCUGAAUAUCCUGUUACAUGAUAAAAUUGCUCAGUAGAUGCUUUGGUUUGUUAGUUAUUGAAAACACUGUGGUCUGAGAAGGCUCUACUCAUGGGUGUCCCUCUUUAUAAACUUGAUCCAGACCAGACCCCUACAGCCAGUCAAUGAGUGUGGUGGAAUGGAGGAAACAAAAUAGUGCUGAUUUCCACAAAGAGACCAGGGAGCCAGGCAGAUGUUCUGUUGUUGCCUGCUCCCCCUUUAUACUCAUUCAUAAAAUACAUGCUUAUUAAUGCUGUUUAUUGCUUAAGUGGCAUAGUUUAUAGUUAUGAGGUUAUAGUUUAUGUUUUCACAGGGUGUUUUUUUGUUGAUGCAAAGGGCAAAGGGAACAUCUAAGUGUGUAAUGUUUUCAGAGCCUGUGUAUACUAUGGACCAGAGACAUGUGUGAGAGUCACUGCUCUCUGAUUACAGUUCUUUUCAAUUGCUUUGGUGCAGUAUGUGAUAUAUUUUCACAACACUUAGUACAAAACUCAAAACAGAUCAUCAAAAAGGCAGUUAUUUCAAAACUCUAAGCACAUUUUCAAUUAACUAAGUACAACAUAAAAUCAUAGUCACUUUUUCACCAAACUUAAUCAGUGUUUCAUCUGUAAAUACAUGUUUCACAUUCACAAUGUAAUACAUGUUCAUAUAAAGUAAUUGCUUUUCACAAUGCAAUGCUCACUUUACUUUUGAUUGUCUUCUCAUUUGUUAAAAUAAAUCUUACUAUUACUUAAUCCGACUGCUCUUAAUUGUUAAUCACUUAACCGUUUGGUAAACCUAUAGAUUUUUUACCGUUUUUUCUACUACAGUUUUAGAGAACUACAUAAUGAAAAUGUAUGUUUGUAAAGUAUAAACAUAUAAAGUAUGAUAUAUACUGUAAUGUACUAUUAUGAUGAUGAAGCAUUUAUAAGCAUUUUAUAAGCAUUUCACUGCACAAAUCAAAUCAAAUCAAAUUGUUUUGACAACAACAGGUGUAGAUUAACAGUGAAAUGCUUACGGGCCCUUCCCUACAAUGCAGAGAGAAAGAGUGAAGUGGCACUAUGAGGAAGAUAACUUGGCUAUAUACAGUGGGGAGAACAAGUAUUUGAUACACUGCCGAUUUUGCAGGUUUUCCUCCUUACAAAGCAUGUAGAGGUCUGUAAUUUUUAUCAUAGGUACACUUCAACUGUGAGAGACGGAAUCUAAAACAAAAAUCCAGAAAAUCACAUUGUAUGAUUUUUAAGUAAUUCAUUAGCAUUUUAUUGCAUGACAUAAGUAUUUGAUACAUCAGAAAAGCAGAACUUAAUAUUUGGUACAGAAACCUUUGUUUGCAAUUACAGAGAUCAUACGUUUCCUGUAGGUCUUGACCAGGUUUGCACACACUGCAGCAGGGAUUUUGGCCCACUCCUCCAUACAGACCUUCUCCAGAUCCUUCAGGUUUCGGGGCUGUCACUGGGCAAUACAGACUUUCAGCUCCCUCCAAAUAUUUUAUAUUGGGUUCAGGUCUGGAGACUGGCUAGGCCACUCCAGGACCUUGAGAUGCUUCUUACGGAGCCACUCCUUAGUUGCCCUGCCUGUGUGUUUUGGGUCGUUGUCAUGCUGGAAGACCCAGCCACGACCUAUCUUCAAUACUCUUACUGAGGGAAGGAGGUUGUUGGCCAAGAUCUCGCGGUACAUGGCCCCAUCCAUCCUCCCCUCAAUACGGUGCAGUCGUCCUGUCCCCUUUGCAGAAAAGCAUCCCCAAAGAAUGAUGUUUCCACCUCCAUGCUUCACGGUUGGGAUGGUGUUCUUAGGGUUGUACUCAUCCUUCUUCUUCCUCCAAACACGGCGAGUGGAGUUUAGACCAAAAAGCUAUAUUUUUGUCUCAUCAGACCACAUUACCUUCUCCCAUUCCUCCUCUGGAUCAUCCAGAUGGUCAUUGGCAAACUUCAGACGGGCCUGGACAUGCGCUGGCUUGAGCAGGGGGACCUUGCGUGCGCUGCAGGAUUUUAAUCCAUGACGGCGUAGUGUGUUACUAAUGGUUUUCUUUGAGACUGUGGUCCCAGCUCUCUUCAGGUCAUUGACCAGGUCCUGCCGUGUAGUUCUGGGCUGAUCCUUCACCUUCCUCAUGAUCAUUGAUGCCCCACGAGGUCAGAUCUUGCAUGGAGCCCCAGACCGAGGGUGAUUGACCGUCAUCUUGAACUUCUUCCAUUUUCUAAUAAUUGCGCCAACAGUUGUUGCCUUCUCACCAAGCUGCUUGCCUAUUGUCCUGUAGCCCAUCCCAGCCUUGUGCAGGUUUACAAUUUUAUCCCUGAUGUCCUUACACAGCUCUCUGGUCUUGGCCGUUGUGGAGAGGUUGGAGUCUGUUUGAUUGAGUGUGUGGACAGGUGUCUUUUAUACAGGUAAUGAGUUAAAACAGGUGCAGUUAAUACAGGUAAUGAGUGGAGAACAGGAGGGCUUCUUAAAGAAAAACUAACAGGUCUGUGAGAGACGGAAUUCUUACUGGUUGGUAGGUGAUCAAAUACUUAUGUCAUGCAAUAAAAUGCAACUGAAUUACUUAAAAAUCAUAAAAUGUGAUUUUCUGGUUGAAGUGUACCUAUGAUAAAAAUGACAGACCUCUACAUGCUUUGUAAGUAGGAAAACCUGCAAAAUCGGCAGUGUAUCAAAUACUUGUUCUCCCCACUGUACAUGGGGUACCAGUACCAGUACUAGUACCUGCGAUAACAUCUGCAAAUCUGUGUACGCCACCAAUACACUUUGAUUUGACUAUUAUGAUUUUACUUCACAGUAAAACAUUUAUAAUCUGAUAUUGACAAGAUCAGAGAUGUUCUCUGCCAUACAAUUGAAACCAGCAGUAACUACACAUUUGGUCAAAUUGAGUUAAGACUGAAAUCAGGCUUUCUAGUCUCCUGGUUCAAUUAUCUUCCGUUUCAAAGAAAAUUGAGUUUCAAAUUUGCAGUAACUACACUAUCCAAGUAAAAACCAACGCAAACAGCAGUAAGUGAAGUUACUAAGUGAAGUUACUGCGGUUUGCCUUGGUAUUCUAUCGGGCUCCGAGUUCAGGCCAUCCCGAUCAUGACAUACCCUCACACACAUCAUGAGACAGUCAAAAGUUGGAUAAACACAUUUAGAUUGUAGAUACUGCACUUUGCUUUUGCAUUACCCAUAUAGUUGUUUAAGGUCAGACAAAGGCAGAGUACAGUAUCAGCAUUUUAGGGGUCAUAGGUCAGAUAAGUGUUCAUGGUUAUAUGCAUAAAAAAUGACUUAAUAAUAAAAUAAUAUAUCAGUGCAUUAUCACGUAUCUACCUACAACAUAUUUGGCUGUAGAGCAAAACAAAUACUUUAUAGCCAUGUUUCUCAGAUUCACUGUUUGCGUAGACUGCUCUUUGCCUUAGUCUGCCUCCUGUCCCUCCUCUCACCAUGGGCAAACAAUGGCACUAUACUUUGCAUAGACCUGUUCUGCCUUAAAGUGGAACUGACAUUAUUUUAGCAACAUGAAAUCUUAUUAAAAUCUAUUCAUAUACACCCCCAGGAAGAAUAUGACACAUAAAAAAGCGAGCUCUUAGAUAUGGUCAUUUUCACAUAAAUUAAUAGAAUGUUUGGGAAUGACAUAUAGUAAGGCAUUUGUGAAAAUUCUAUAGCAAUAUAGAGUGGGAAAGCAGCAGUGUGAUUGGACAAUUAAUAGACACUGCAGUAAAUAAAACUUAAUAAAAACAUCUGUCUCGUCCAGGACAGGAGUCUAUGCAGACCGGUGCGCCAUAGCCAAUCAGAGUUACAGUAGGCCUAUAUGAAAAUAAGUAAUUUGCCACAUGGGCCUGCCAUCAUUCCCUUUGAACUGGACUGUAUGUUUACAGGCAGUAGCAACAGCACCACUUUAGACCAUUAGAACGCAUUAGCCAAAAGCCACAAAUAACACAUGAAUGGAUUUCUGCAAAUAUGUAAAUACCACAGGAGUCCUAUUGUUCAAACAACCAUGAAAAGGUAAGCUCUCUCCAUUAGUUGCCUAUGCACAUCAACAACUAAUGCUAGCCAGAGCGAGAUGAGCUAAAAUCUAAUGAGGGCACAUUAGAUAAACCCUCUCAAACUUUUUCAGCUAGUUGGUCAUCAAAAUUGCACUAAUAAACGAUGGGGAAUAGUAGUCUGCUCGCCCUUAUGCAGCUUGCCUGCCAAUGCAUGCUUGUCCCAACCCACGUUUUGACACUUAAAUGGGAAUUUGUCAAAUACAUUUGAUUGACAACUAAGAUAUAUGCUAACUGUGGAUAACAGUUGUUCAAGUUUAGCAUAGCUAGCUAGCUAGCAAAGCGAUUCACAUUUCUUGCUAGCUAACAAAAUGAGGGUAAAAAGUUGGUCACUCAGCCACUCCAAUGACAUGACAUCCUCCCAGCAGCUAGCUAGCUAACGUUAGGCUCCGUGUUUUUAGCUUGCUAAAUAAAUAGCUAGCUACAUUAAUAGAUACGCUUGCCCAGGGUGUCAAACUCAAUCAGUGCAUGGGACAUAUUGAAAAAACACAACAAAUUUGCGGGCCAGACAUGGCCUAUUUGUUUUUACAAAAAAUCGUGCAACUGUGACCCAAACAGGCCAUUGUUUUUAAAAUAUGGCCUUUAUAAUAUCCACUAAGGAUGCGGUAUAUAGUAUUUUAACAUAUUAAAACAAAAUUAGAGAUAAAUCAUAUUUGUCCAGCCUUUGCUGCUAUGUUCGCAGAUGUUGCUGCGACGCUAAUCAAAAAGUAUUUAAUAACUUCAAAUAACAAAAACGUUAGGUUGUUGUAACAUUCAAACUCAAAACAUGUUUUUCAUUUUUUUGCACGGCAUGGAUCACCCGUGAGGUUGAAUGCAGCAUUGCUGUAUGGUGCACUCAAAAUGUAUUGUAGUUGAGUAGCCAGCCUAGGCUACUGCUCAAAUGUUGCUGUAAUGGGCCUACAUGUUUCUCCUUUGCAUGGUGUUUCAUUGCAGGUUUAGUUCUUUGGUUAUUGUCAAGCUUUAAAAAUCGAAGCCAGACUGCAACCUUUUAAUAGCCUAGCUAGGACUGUGGCAUGUGUCUGUAUACUUUCUCUCAUCUGCCAGCUGCAAACAUGACACACGAAAGCAGCGGAAUUGAAGUUGAAUUCACUGAUGCGAGCACAUCAUGCUAUAAUGUAAUAAAAUAGAUGACUCAACUGUUGACUCAUUUAUACUUGCUUGUGUGUACUAUGCGGCCCGCAGGCCUUUUGUUUGAUACAUGUGCGCUAGCCUAUUAGCCACAUUAUGACUGACUUCUGAUCAUUGCCCGUGCUAGUUUGAUUGUAUUGACAGUCCCAGCCUACACUCGUCCCUUUUUGUUCGAAAUAUUGAGUCAUUAAAACUGAAACAGUGCAUCCGGAAUGGGUGGAGGCAGCAAACAAUGUACCAGGCCAGCUGUGAUUUACAAUCUGAUAGUAAUAUUUUUUGGACUACCAAGACAUUUAUUAUUAUAUUAUACAGAACAAAAAUAUAAACGCAACAUGUAAAGUGUUGGUCCCAUGUUUCAUGAGCGGAAAUAAAAGAUCCCAGAAAUGUUCCAUACACACAAAAAGCUUAUUUCUCUCAAAUGUUGUGCACAAAUUUGUUUACAUCGCUGUUAAUGAGUAUUUCUCCUUUGCCAAGAUAAUCUAUCCACCUGACAGGUGUGGCAUAUCAAGAAGCUGAUUAAACAGCAUGAUCAUUACACAGGUGCACCUUGUGCUGGGGACAAUAAAAGGCCACUCUAAAAUGUGCAAAUUUGUCACACAACACAAUGCCACAGAUGUCUCAAGUUUUGAGGGAGCUUCCAAUUGGCAUGCUGACUGCAGGAAUGUCCACCAGAGCUGUUGCCAGAUAAUUGAAUGUUCAUUUCUCUACCAUAAGCUACCUCCAACGUCAUUUUAGAACAUUUGGCAGUAUGUCGGUCCAACCGGCCUCACAACCGCAGACCACGUGUAACCUGCGGGAUCGUCUGAGACCUGCCACUCUGACAGCUGAUGAAACUGAGGACUAUUUCUGUCUGUAAUAAAACCCUUCUGUGGGAAAAGCUAAUUCUGAUUGGCUGGGCCUGGCUCCCCAGUGGGUGGGCCUAUGCCCUCCCAGGCCCACCCAUGGCUGGGAUUAAUUGACUUUGUAUCAAUAGAGAAUAGGCUGAAACUAUGUUUUAUCUGAGGUGCAUGGAUCCUCUGGGUGACCAGUGAGUGGACUUAGUGUGCACCCUAACCCUGCCUCACCUUUUAUCUGUCUGUUUUCUCUUUCUCUUUCAAUCAGACUGCAAGAUGAGAUGGUUCUUAGACAGGAUGCAGAGAGCAACUUGAACACCUUUAGACAGGUGAGGUCCUUUCUCUCAUAAUUCGUAUCAAUUUCACUAUUAUUGACCAUGUUCCUCUUUGUAUGUGAUCUUCACAGCCCGUCUUUUUAUAUGAGGAAUAUACACGUCACAUUGACCUAAGGAUUCUCUGUGUGUAGGACGUGGAUGAGGCAUCUCUGAACCGUGUCCAGUUGGAGAGGAAGAUAGACGCGCUGCAGGAUGAAAUCGCCUUCCUCAAGAAGAUCCACGAGGAGGUGAGCUUCAGCUUCCCCUCGUCUCUAUGGCAAUCUCUAGUCCUUACUGACCUCUGUUUCCAUCUCUAAAGUAAAUAGUGAAUAUUCAGAGAAUGAAAGAGGUGACCUUUAACCUUUAAGACUGUGGUUGGUUCUCUAUAGGAGCUGCGUGAGCUGCAGGAGCAGCUGAUGGCCCAGCAGGUCCAUGUGGAUCUGGACGUGUCCAAGCCAGACCUGACCGCUGCUCUGAGGGACAUUCGGGUCCAGUAUGAGUCUGUGGCCUCCUCUAACAUUCAGGAGACAGAAGAGUGGUACCGCUCCAAGGUCAUAUCAGAAAGCUUGGGCUAUUGCACAUACAUGUACAAACAUUACUGCACAGGCAGACACACUACCAUACAGAUAAACAUGCAUACAGCCAGGUGUUGCACAAUGCACACAUUGACAACACACUAUAAGAUACUUUUAAAUUAUCCUGUCUCUUCUUUUGUUGUUAUGCACAGUUUGCCGACUUGACCGACGCAGCCACUCGGAAUGCAGACGCCUUGCGAUUGGCCAAACAGGAGGGCAACGAGUACCGCCGGCAACUCCAGGCCAUGACCUGUGACAUGGAGGCACUCCGUGGAACAGUGAGUCGUCCAAUCAGAGCAGAGUGUGCUGUAUCAACAAUGAGACAUGAGAAGACCAUGAGUCCCAUGACUCCCCUCUCCAACUGAACCAUCUCUCCUCUUUCAUCUCUUUCUAAACCUCUUCCCCCUUCCUUUCCUUCUCCCUCGCUUCCUCCUCUCCUGCAGAACGAGUCUCUGGAGCAGCAGCUGCGUGAGAUGGAGGACCGUUUCUCCGUGGAGACGGCUGGUUACCAGGAUACGGUGGGUCAUCUGGAGGAGGAGAUCCAGACCCUGAAGGAGGGGAUGGCCAGACACCUGCAGGAGUACCAGGACCUGCUCAACGUCAAACUGGCCCUGGACAUAGAGAUUGCCACCUACAGGAAGCUGCUGGAGGGAGAGGAGAGCAGGUGAGGAGAUUAGGGUGGAGAGGAAGGAGGGUGGUGGAGGGAGAAGAGGGUGGAGAGGAGAGGAGAGGAGGGUGGAGGUGUAGGAAGAGAGGAGGGAGGAGGGAAGGCGAGAGAGGGUGUUGGAGGGAACAAAGUGGAGAAAACAAAGUGGAUCCAAUGAGCUGGGUCAGGAGGAGACAGUGUGAUGAAGAAAGGAAAGAAAAUGGACGGUGGCUGGUAGUUACUGAUACUCUCUCUUCCUCUUCCUCAGGAUCACUGUUCCAAUGCAGAGCUUCUCUAACCUGCAGUUCAGAGGUGAGUAAGGGUAUCCCGACCCAGCCAUAUUAGCUUACUCUAUCAUGGCAUUGAAUAAUUUACCCAAACCAUAUGAAUGAUGUGCUGAUGCAUAAAUCUCAAGUUAGCAUUCGGCUCUGACUGGAUUCAUGGGCAUCUGAAAGCUAAAGGUCUCUCUCACCCUCUCCCUGAGUAUAGAGACCAGUAUGGACACUAAAUUCUCUCCAGAGGCCCAUGUCAAGAGGAGCAUCAUAGUGCGGACUGUGGAGACUAGAGACGGGGAGGUAUGUAGAACAUCAUAGAUCAUUGAAUGAACCCAUGGGGGAUUAAUUGCCAUAUCAGAUGCGUGAAUGUGCUUGUAUUUCCUGCUUAGCUCCUCCAGAGGGCAGCAUGCUACAUUGUAUUAUUCAAUACAUGCAAUUUCACAAGCUUUCAGAUCACUUACAGACAGUCCCUCCCUACUGUUGCAUCUACAACCUAACAUGCCCUGUUCCCUGUUCUCUGUGUUUCAGAUCAUUAAGGAGUCUACGGCUGAGAGGAAGGAGAUUCCUGACAGUCCUUAA